AUGUCCGAGAUCGAAAAGGCUCUCGCCGAGCUCAAGGCUCUCAUGAAGUAUCGAGCACAAGAACUUGGCGAGGAGGAAGAGUUUCGUGGCCUCGGCUUGACAAGUCGAAAGAACCUAUGCCUUCACCCCUCUGUAAAACAGGAGAAGAGUGGUUCCGUCGUCGACGCACGCUGUCGAAGCUUGACGGCAGGCUUUGUCAAGGAGAAGAAAGACCGGGGCGAGAACGUUGACAACUUGGACCUUCUUGAGCCGCACAACUUGAUUCCUAACGGAGUUUGGACGUUCGAAGGCCUCUUGAAGUACGGCGAGCAACACAAGCAAUGUCCGUACUUCACCGCAAGGCGCAUGAUGCAAUUCUGCAACGUCAUCAUCUACUCGUACCACUACCUACUCGAUCCCAAAAUCGCUGAGAGGGUAUCAAGAGAGCUCUCAAAAGACUGUAUCGUGGUUUUUGACGAGGCUCACAAUAUCGACAACGUUUGCAUCGAAUCCCUCAGCACAGACAUCACAGAAGACUCUCUACGGAAAGCCACAAGAGGCGCGCAGAACUUGGAACGGAAGAUUACAGAAAUGAGGGACACUGACCAAGAGCAACUACAAAACGAAUACCAGAAACUAGUUGAAGGACUUCGCGGCGCAGAUGAAGCACGGCAAGAAGAUGCCUUCAUGGCGAACCCAGCACUUCCCGAUGAUCUGCUCAAGGAGGCGGUUCCGGGUAACAUCAGGAGAGCGGAACACUUUGUGUCCUUCCUAAAGAGAUUCAUCGAGUAUCUCAAGACUAGGAUGAAGGUCAGACAUACGAUAUCAGAAACGCCCCCAUCUUUUCUCGCCCAUCUCAGAGAAUACACGUUCAUCGAAAAGAAGCCACUGAGGUUUUGCGCCGAAAGAUUAACGUCGCUUGUGCGGACCCUCGAGCUUACCAAUAUUGAGGACUAUCAACCUUUGCAGGAAGUUGCUACAUUCGCAACGCUUGUGGCGACUUACGAGAAAGGUUUCCUGCUCAUCCUCGAGCCUUUCGAGUCAGAAACGGCAGAGGUACCCAACCCUGUCCUGCAUUUCACGUGUCUCGAUGCAGCCAUCGCCAUCAAGCCCGUCUUUGACAGAUUUAGCUCCGUCAUCAUCACGUCAGGAACAAUUUCACCCCUCGAAAUGUAUCCAAAGAUGCUGGGGUUCUCGACCGUUGUACAGGAGUCAUACAGCAUGACCUUGGCCAGAAGAUCGUUCCUGCCAAUGAUCGUCACUCGUGGAAGCGACCAAUCUUCCAUCUCGACCAGUUUCCAGGUCCGAAAUGAGCCGAGUGUCGUCCGAAACUACGGCACUCUCCUAACCGAAUUCGCCAAAAUCACGCCAGACGGCAUGGUCGUCUUCUUCCCCUCCUACUUGUACAUGGAGUCCAUCAUCAGCAUGUGGCAGGGCAUGAAUAUUCUCGAGGAAGUCUGGAAGUACAAGCUGAUUCUGGUCGAGACACCAGAUGCACAGGAGACGUCUCUCGCGCUAGAGACAUAUCGGACAGCCUGCUGUAACGGCCGCGGCGCCGUACUACUCUGUGUCGCCCGUGGCAAGGUCUCGGAGGGCAUCGAUUUCGAUCACCAAUACGGUCGAACCGUGUUGUGUAUAGGCGUGCCGUUCCAGUACACUGAAUCCCGCAUCCUCAAGGCCCGUCUCGAGUUCCUGCGAGAAACGUAUCGCAUCCGCGAGAAUGACUUCCUAUCCUUCGAUGCUAUGCGCCAUGCCGCGCAGUGUCUCGGCCGAGUCCUGAGAGGAAAGGACGACUACGGCAUCAUGGUCCUCGCAGACCGCAGAUUCCAGAAGAAGCGGACGCAGCUACCCAAAUGGAUCAACCAGGGCCUGCUCGAUGCUGACACAAACGUCAGCACGGACAUGGCCGUCAGCAGCGCCCGGCGUUUCCUCAAGCAGAUGGCUCAGCCGUUCCGAGCAAAAGACCAGGAAGGCGUUAGCACCUGGAGUUAUGAGGACUUGAUGAGGCACAAGGAGAAGAUGGACUUGGAGCGAAUCCAGGAGCUCGAGGAGGUUGGCGCUGGUGGGGAUGGCUACGGCGCCGACGGAGGUGACGAGUAUGGCAUGGAUGACGACCUCGACCACGACUUAAUGGAGAUUGACGACGGGUUUUGA